GUUGUCACUGUGUCUCCAGCUCGUCUCCAGCAGCCAUGGCCGGGAUUAAAGCUCUCAUCAGUCUGUCCUUCGGAGGGGCCAUCGGUCUCAUGUUCCUCAUGCUGGGAUGUGCCCUCCCUGUGUACGAUAAAUACUGGCCUUUGUUCCUCCUCUUCUUCUACAUCCUGGCUCCGAUCCCGUACUGCAUCUCGCGGCGGGUGAUUGACGACACAGACUCGGCCAGUAACGCCUGCAAAGAGCUCGCCAUCUUCCUCACGACGGGCAUCGUCAUCUCAGCCUUCGGCCUGCCCGUCGUCUUCGCCAGAGCUGAAGUCAUCGCCUGGGGGGCGUGUGCGCUCGUGCUAACGGGGAACAUGGUGAUCUUCGGCACCAUCCUGGGCUUCUUCCUCGUCUUCGGAUCCAACGACGACUUCAGCUGGCAGCAGUGAGAAGCAUGAGUUUCCACUACCACACCUGAACUCAGCUGCAGGCGAUCCUGCUGUCCUCACUGCCCCGGAGUUCUAGAGCCGCUUAAAUGGAGACGUUUGGAAACUCUGUCUUUUUAUUCACACACAACCUUCAGACCUUUUUAAAAUGUAAAUUUAACAUGUGAUCGUUCUCUCGGUUUCUCGUGACAUGACACAAAGAGGCGGUUUGUUUGUUCCCUCUCAGCUCAGAGAAGAGGAUUAUAUUCAAACAGGCCACUGCACAGAUCAAAUUUAACUGACUCUGUGAUUUCCCCCGGUGCCGACAGGAUGCAGGCUGCUUAUUCAUUCGUUGCAUCUGAUAGCGCUCAGUUCCCCAAACGCCUGAGUCAACCUCGCAGUGUCAAGAGAGCACGUAGAAGCCAGUAGUAUCUGCCAGCUAGCGUAGGAUAAGCUGGAGGCCAGCGGCCAAGCAGCGGUAAGACCUGGGCGACUUAUAAAGACAGCCUGGUCAGCCGCUAGCAGCCCUUAAGCUUUUAAAUGUGACUCCCCUGCCUGGACUCCUUCAAAAUAAAAGAAUCCAGACGCCAUGUCAUUGAUUUAAAAUAUUAGAUCCAGAUUCUGAGUUCAUUCUGUCGCUUUUUCCUCUCACCAGCAUUUCCCCCCGGAUUAAAAACAAAAGUUACGUUUCAAUUAUUUCUUUUUUUUAUUUUCAAGUUUUUGGUUUUAUUUCCUCGUUCUGUGUGAAGGAAAUGUGUACGUCGGUUUGUUAAAUCACUUGUGGGAUCAGGUCGGUGUCGUUAUGUUUAAUUGAAUUAAGCGUCGAACAUGUUAGACUUUUAUUUUCUGUUGUUUGGAAACGUGUUCUCUGGAAGAUAAAGAGUUAGCAUUUCUUUUUUUAUUAUUUUGUCCUUUUCAAUAAGUCUUUGUCACUUUGGGCUGCAACUUAUUCAUUUUGCAGAUUAAUUUUUCGAUCAGUUGAUUAAUAAAUUGGUCCAUAAAACAUCUACUUUCAAACCACAGAGCACAAGGUGACGUCAAAUCUUUAAUCGACUUUCAUUUUAGACAAAGAAAAUCAGCAAAUUCUCACAUUUCAGAAAUUUGCUUGAUAAAUGUCGAACGAUGAAUCGAUCACCAAGACAUUUGCUCAAUUAAGUGAUUAAUCGUUGCAGCUCUAUAUUAUAUUUUUGUAGUUGGGUUUCCACACACAGCAGAUUUCCAAUGGAAGUUUUGUAUUGUGUUGAAGAUGCUCAUAGUUUUCACUGAUUCUGUUCCACAGUUACUGUAACAUCUCAAAUGUUAAAAACCCCUUUCUAUGAUUUUAAAAGCACUCAUUCAUUUUACAAAACUUGCUUUAAAGGUGUCGUUGAAAAUCAGAUUAAAUACAGGAGGUUUAUUCACUUUGAGUCUGAGAAGGAGCCGGGAAGCGAUUCAAGUUAAAAACUCUCAAACUCAAAUCCCUUAAGUUAUAAUGUGUUAACUUAUCUGUUUAAUUCACACAGAAAUUAAAAUGUUAAAACUGAAAUUUGUGGUUUUAGAGUAAACCAUUAUUUAUCUAGAAGUUGUUUUAGUACAAUUACCAACGAGCCACAACAUUAAAAGUUAAAUCUGUUUUAUAUGUUGUGGUUAAUAAGUGUAUUUAACUUUUACUACAAACUACCUUAACUACAACGUAAGUUUCAUGUCAUUCAGCAUAAAAAAGAUUUUAUCUGUUUUAUCAAGAGGAACAAAAUGAAAAUUUGUUAAAAAUAUGUUAAACUAAAAACUCUUUCCGAGGAGAGAAUGAUUUGGAACCCACAACUCCCACUCUGACCUGACGGCUGCUUCUUAGCUCGAUGAACCGGCGCUCGCCGUCCACGCCGUGUGGCACCACUUCCUGUGUGGCACCACUUCCUGUGUGGCACCACUUCCUGUGUGGCACCUGAUUCUUCCAGAGAUCACAACCUCAGCGAAGGCAUUGAUUGUAUUAAAAUGGCGGGUUUUUUGAUUUCUGUUGAAAACAACCAGUAUUUAAAUGUUGAAAACUACUGACAUUGAUUUGUGCAUGUUUUUUAUUAUUUAUGUGACACCACUUAGAAUCUAAAAGAAAAAGCUCUUAACAGUAGGUUGGCCCCCUGGUGGUCGGUGAGCCCGUCUGUGAGCAGGGUGACUCCAGAUAGUUUCCUUUAAAGCUACGUUCUCUGACUUCCUGUUUCGUUUCUGAAUUCUUUCUGAGUUCCUCUCUGUGUUUCUGUUCUGAGCACAGAUUUGUUCCUCUCACACAUUCGGGAGGAUGCUGUAUUUAUUUAUUUGAACGGAAGCUUUGCCAUUUUCUAUUUACAACUUUUGUGUUAAUGAAGCAGAAGCCAACAGGGUGGUUUUUCCUUUUUCUUUUCUUUUCUUUUUUAAAUAAACGCCAUUUCUGAACAUC